GGACAUCGCAUUUGCACCACCUACCGGAUGUUUCGUCGAUGUUUGACCUUCUCUCGAGUCACGUUAGAGAUGAUUUGUCGGUGGUUGCACGGUGAUUUUCCUCCCGACAGGAGUAAUACAUGAAAAUACUUAUCUUUUGAAUGUUGUCGCCUUACAGUAUUGCAGGAGUAAACGCAGGGAACCAUGGUGAAGUAUUUCUCCUGCGCCGGUUUGCUCAAAAGCAGCUGGGACCAAGUCUGUGUUGCUUUCUGGCAACGAUAUCCCAACCCUUACAGCAACCAUGUUCUGACUGAGGACAUCAUUUUCCGAGAAGUUACUCCAACAAACUGCCUAAUUUCCAGACGUCUCUUGACCAAAACGAGCCGAUCGCCUCGCUGGAUGGAGCGGUACCUUCCAAAGCACAUGGCCAGCUCGGCAUACAUCAUCGAGGACUCUAUUGUGGACCCUCAGAAAAGGACCAUGACCACCCUCACAUGGAACAUCAGCCACGCUCGUCUCAUGUCCGUGGAAGAGCGAUGCGAGUACCAUAUUAACCCUGACAAUGGCAGCUGGACAGAGAUAAAGAGGGAAGCUUGGAUCUCCACCAAUAUCUAUGGGCUCUCUAGAGCUAUUCAGGAAUUUGGUCUUGCAAGGUUCAAGGCGAGUGUUACAAAGACCAUGAAAGGCUUUGAAUAUGUGCUGGCAAAAAUGCAAGGUGAAACUCCGUCCAGAACCUUAAAAGAAACGGCUACAGAGCGAGCGAGAGAGACGGCACUGGCAGCUAAGGAGAAAGCCAAAGAUCUCGCCUCACAGGCUCAGAAGAAACAAUAUGUGUGAUGAGUAGAUCAUCGGUUCUUUUGCCACGGAUACCGGGACAGAUUUAUCUUUACCCCUCCUCGUGGUUCAGUUGAGCAUUGGAGUAAGACAAACUGAUCCCUGUCAUGGGUAGACACCUGACCUCUAUGAGGAAGCAUCUAACUGAAAUGGUAGGUGGACCAUAAAAGGGCCUGAGCUGGGUUCAAGAGCCUGUUCCAGCCUCCUGGAAUAUAUUUUACCUUUGAUACCAAAUCAUCUCAGUAUUUACUAUAGCGAUCUUAGAGGAAUGGCUGAAUAUGGCUCUGGGUGCCAUAAAAAUAAUAUUAGUACUUUGCCAACCUUGUUAUUGUUCCUCAGAGCUUUGCUUUUAACCUCUGUGCCCAUCAUCAACGUUUACCUUUUUAAUCUGUUCCUUUCAGUAUGUUAUGUUAUUUUGUAAUCACUUUGUGUUAUUAACAUCUUUUUGUUCAGAUGCUAAGAUUAGCAUACCACGAAUAAUCAGAUUUUAAUGCAAAUUCAUGUGUAUGAUUUACUGCUAUUGUAUGUUUUGCUGCAAUCGUGUUAUCUUUUAGUUUAGUUCGGUUCACACGCACCUUAAUCAUCCUACCAAGACUGAUUGCUUCAAGUUGAAGUGCAUUAACUGAAGAAGGGUCCUUAUUGUCAUAGCUUGAUAAGAAAUGCUCACUUAGCACUAAAUAAAAAAUGUGUGUACAAAGGCAAACAUGUUACCUUGUAUAGUACAUUCAUCUGAAGUGUGAUGAUACAACCCAUGCAACAAUGUGCUCUUAAUGUGUUGAUAAAAUAUCAGCUAGUCAAUAAAUGGACAUUUCCUUUGUAACUAU